AUGCGUGCCACCGUGAUCGCAUUCAUGGCGCGCAGUAUGGCAUACCCGGCGGGGCGAGCCCCGAAGCUCGAGACACGCUUUUAUGUGCCCUGGGUUGACUUGGCGACAGAGUUGGGUUUCGACGACCUGGCUUUGGCCUUGGCCUCCAUCCAGACCCGCGAGUGGCGCCGUAUCGCAUCCAGCGGCUCCUGGUUGGAGAAAUAUGCCGAGGACAUCCGGAACUUGGAGGAGCCUUGCAUGGACGGCUCCUUUUCUCAGCUUAAGACAGCAGUUGACCUCCACACGGUGAAGAGUGUGGAAUAUCACAAGGUGGUGGUGGAGUGGUUCGACAAAGAGGUCACACCAAUCCUCAUACAGCUCCGAAAGGAUGCAUGUGUAGUUGGGAGCGAAGUCAGCACCACCGCUGAAUCGCUGUAG